GAAUGGACGGUGCAACUGAAGUUCAGAUUCUGGUGUUAUCGACGUUGACAGGACCAACGGAGCCACUACCCACGGCAGUUGAGUGUACGAAAGGCGAGUGUUCAUCACCAUUAGGGAUGGAGGACGGCACCAUCCUCAAUGCAAGAAUCUCGGCGUCCAGCAGUGCAAGUUGGGCCCCUGCCCGUGGUGUGCGCCUCAAUGGGAAAAACCGGUGGGCACCCCAAAGAAACGCCGGUUCUUGGAUCGAAGUGAACCUCGGCGAAAGCACAGUGGUGUCUGGCGUCAUCACGCAAGGUAACCCGUCGUGGCGCAAGAGGCCGAUUUAUGUCACGAAGUACAAGGUGUCUUAUCAGAAUUUAUCUUCAUCUGGCCGUGUAUACGUGACAGGAGGAGACGGCAACAUCACGGUGUUCACUGGUAACAUGGACUCCGACACCCCGGUCUGUAACGUGUUUGAUGAGAGUGUAGAGGCCGCCGUAGUGCGUAUUGAGCCCAUCGAAUGGUAUGGUGGAGUUCGCCUCCGAUUUGAGUUGCUUGGAUGUCGCCAUAAUUAAUUCAUUUUCGAUGCGUCCAGCAAUUCAUAACCUUUGGUUAUGCUACAGAAAACUACCACCCGGCAAAUGUAUAUUAAAUUGGCUCUAUUCAGACAAAAAUCUGAUGUAGAUUUCCUGAAGAAGUUGGUUAAGGUCACGACAAUGACUUGUAAACAUGUAAAUAUCACUUUCAAACACACAUUUGAAAAGACCCCAAAUCAUCACUUUUUUGUACAAUGUAACUUUAUGAUAACACAAAAUACAGAAAUGUCAUUAUAAUUAUGAUAUUUAAAGUGGUUGUUAUUACCGAAAAUGGGUCACUUGGGAGACAUUCCCAUAAGAACGUGCACAAACUUUACUGUCCCAUAAUUAAA